AUGAGCGAGGAACCACCCUCAUUCAGCUGCCCCUUCUACAAGUAUUCUCCACUGAGACACUGGCGAUGCUACCGCAAAUAUACAUUCAAACGAGUCUCUGAUGUUAAAUCUCAUAUUGAGCGGGUGCACCUGGUGGGCAAACACUACUGCGCCAUUUGCUUCCAAGAAUUCGACAACGCACAGCAAUUGCAGGACCAUAGCUGCACUGCCAACUUUUGCUGCUUGCCCCUGGAAGGCCCAGAGCGUCUUUUCCAAGAGACGUUUGAUGAGCUUGGGCGAGCUUUGGCACAUACGCGCGGCUUAAGCGACGCCGAUAAGUGGUACAUGAUGUACAGACAGAUCUUCCCCAACGCCUCUGUCCCCAUGUCCCCCUUGACUUUCGACGAGCCGUUGAGGAUUAUGCGUGAAAAUGCAUUGUUCCACGAGUCGCUGUACGGUGGCUUAAUUACGGAACUACGGCGACAUGGCAUUCCGCUUGAGGGCAUUCAUCUACCUUCUCUACAAGCUGGCCUGAUCAAUAAGGUGCUGCCCAUGUUAGCAGAUGCGAUGGUUACCCCUGAACCAUACCAGCGACCAGUCCCUCUCUCCCGCACGUCUUGGUAUCAUGGGAAUCUCGGAGCCAUGUAA